AUGUUCCAAGACUUGCCUAAAUUACAGCAUUUGCAAAUUCGCAACUAUUUCCGAGAACCUGAAAAGCAAAAACAAUUUAGAAAUAGAUUUAAGGGCAGUUUAAAGUCACUGAGAACUUCGCCUAAGUUAGAAGAAUUACAUAUUAAUAAUACUGAUAUUAGUAGUGGUUUGGAAUACCUUCCAGAAAAUGCGGAACUAGUGAUUUAUUGUAGUGCGAAACUGCGACCAGAAUCUCUUUGUAAGGAACUGCAAAAAGAACUUGAACCUUACGAAAAAGAGGGGGUUUUCUAUGAUUACCAGGCUUUUUUAAAAUCUUUACCUAAUAAAGAGCAGUUAGAGGAGUUGUAUAUGCAAAAGGGCAUAAAAUUUUCUGAUGAAAAUGCCUCAGAACUAGAUUUCUUAAAAGACUUUAAAGGAUUGGUUGAAUUGAAUAUUGAAUACUGUCCUUUUGAGGGAAGUUUAAAACAUUUAAGUGAACUAAAAAAUUUAAAGAGAAUUUACAUUAGCCAUACUGACCUUCGGGAGGGAAUAGAAGAUUUGCCCGAAAGUUGUAAGGAAAUUUAUUGUGAUUUUCACUAUAAAUCUAAGUAUAAGUCAGUAAAGAUUGCUAAGGAACUUGGUGGUGGUUUACUGUUGGUGGGACAGUCAGACACCGAAGACCCUAACUCUCAACGUUAUACUCAAAUCGGAGGUGUAAUUGCUAUUGCGGCUCCCUUUAUUGAAACACUUACUUCUUAUGUAAACGAGCAAGGAAAAGCAAAAGUAGACAAGGCACUUUCAGAUUUAAAUAAAGAAAUUUAUAACUUUUUAAAAGAAUAUGAUGAUGAUGGGAAUGAACAGAUAGAUAUUGAUGAGUUAAAGGUUGCUAGAGGAACACUCACCGAGGAUUUAAGAAAAAAGUGGGAAGAGAGGGAUGGCGAAGAAGAUAGCAGAAAGGGAAAUAAAUUAAACAAAAUUGUAGAAGCAAUCCGAGGAUUAGAAAAAGAAGUGACGGAAUAUCGCAAGGCUUUCUAUCGCUGGGUAAGAGAAGAGGAAGAAAAAAAACAUCGCAAAGAAAAGCAAAAAGAGAAAGUGCUUCAUACAGCAGUUGAUAUGGAAAGUGAUGAUGAGAAAGAACGAAUUGAAGAGAACGAUCUAGUUGCUCAAAUAGAAGUUACACCCAAAAAUUACUAA